UCUACCUCUUCAGGUGCUGCACGUUUUACCUCCGCGAGGACUCCAAACAGAAAAUAAAUAUUCUUCAAACAUUGCACAAAGACAGCACGUGCUGAAAUGCGACGCUCUGGUCCUGCCAGCGCGGCUCUCAUCUCACCUGGAACGGAAAACGCCAACCUAACUUGAAAUCAGUAAAGUUGAAGAUUAUUUUUUACAGCAGCGCUCACCUGGAUUUGUAGUGAGCCUUCACUGUCCCACGAUCACUGACCACCAUCCCGAGAGCUAACCCUCCUCAAGCCCAAGAAAAGUUCUGUCCUGUGGAGCCAAGAUGGAUCUGGACAGCAGUAAGCGGUUGGUGGUGCUGGUACCAAACGAGCUGUCGAUGGCCUCCAGAAGGGUGUUCAACAGCGAGGAUGAGGCGUGGAGGAGCUACCUGGAGAACCCUCUGACAGCUGCCACCAAGGCCAUGAUGAGCAUCAAUGGCGAUGAAGACAGCGCAGCAGCUCUGGGGCUGCUGUAUGAUUACUACAAGGUUCCCAGAGAGACAAAACGCCUCUCCAAUGGGGGUAACCCCUCAAACCUUCCUGCAGUUGUGCCAGCUAAUAACCACGGGAGCCUGGAAAUGGUCAAUCCCAGCUGUCAGACCCUGAGAUCUAUGCCUGUCAACCUCUCCCUAAACAGCACUGGCGUUGACGUUCACAGCUCCAAGCCUAGUGCUGUGAACCUCUCAGGAGAUUCCAGAAGAGGAGGAGGAGGAGGUGGUGGUGAUAAAAGUGGAAGCAGUGCACCACUUGCUUUGGUCAAAUCUGAAAGGCAGACGUCCAUUCCGGUUUCAUAUUCUGAUGGCUCCUUCCACUCAGAAUCCAAAGAGCAGCUAAGGACAGUUCCACAGAGGAGUCGCCAUGAUUUGCCUCUUGCUGGUUUCCUGAAGGGCAGCGCUCUGGACUGCAUGUACGAGGAAGCAGUGGAAGGAGAGAUGUUCCAGAGAAGCCCCUCCUCAGCAGCAGAGGCGUUCCACUGCAGCUCGCCUGUAGACGCUUUCAGAUACUCUCUGGACGCCAGCAUGUCGCUCAGGCCGCGCCAAGGAGAGGGACCCAUGGCUUACCUGAACCGGGGUCAGUUUUAUUCUCUGACGCUGUCGAGGGCUGCCGUCAGAGCCUCUCCUGCUCCGCACAGCAGCAAACUGUGGGCGGGUGGGGGAGCGCCGUCACGCAGACCUGAUGGGAAAGCAUUAAAAAGUACCGUGGGGGGCUCUGAGCUGCAGCAGGACAGUAUUGUUCAGAGUGUCAUCAUGGUGGUGUUUGGGGAAGACAAGGGCAGAGAUGAGCAGCUGCGGAAUUGGAAAUACUGGCAUUCCCGUCAGCACACCGCUAAACAGAGAGUCCUGGACAUUGCCGACUACAAGGAGAGCUUCAGCACAAUUGGAAACGUGGAGGAGAUUGCCUACAAUGCCGUGUCUUUCACCUGGGAUGUCAGUGAAGAGGCAAAGGUCUUCAUCUCGGUGAACUGCCUCAGCACAGACUUCUCCUCGCAGAAGGGGGUGAAGGGAAUGCCUCUCAUAAUCCAGAUUGACACCUACAGCUACAACAGCUGCAACAGCCGGCCCAUCCACAGAGCUUAUGCUCAGAUUAAGGUCUUCUGUGACAAGGGAGCUGAGAGGAAGCUUCGGGAUGAAGAGAGGAAACAGCUCAGGAAGAGAACAAAAGGGAAAGCCGUCAGCUCGAGUCUGACCCCUCAUGCUGAGAGAGCAGAAAGCACGCUGUUCAAAAGCAUGUUUGACCUGGAAUCCCAGCCGGUUCUCUUCAUCCCAGACGUUCACUUUGGAAACCUGCAGAGGGCCGGACAGGUGUUUGCUUUCAACACUGAAGACUCAGUCAGAGACAGAAGUGUUGCGACAAAGAGGAUGUCAGGUCAGGAUGCAGUUCUGCCUCAGACCAAGAAGUCUAAAGUGGAGCAGGAGAAGAAAGUCUUGCUGUAUGUGAGAAAAGAGUGUGACGAAGUCUUUGAUGCUCUAAUGCUGCGGGCCCCCACCCUUAAAGCUCUGUUGGAUUCGAUCUCUGAAAAGUACUCGCUGCCAGUGGACAAGGCAAUUAAAGUUUACCAAAAAAGUAAAAAAGGGGUUCUGGUAAACAUGGACGACAACAUCAUCCAGCACUAUUCAAACGAGGACACGUUUAUCCUGACCAUCGACAGCUCCACAGACUGCUUUCGAGUGACUCUGUCAGAGAUCUGACGGCCCUCCGACUCGCUGUCCAAACCUUUCCAUGAACUUUUCGAGGGCCGCUCUUCAAAGUGGGCUCUCAUCCUCAACAAGGGUCCCUGCAUUUUAAACGAGCUCCUCCCAGCAAGUAAAACUCACAUGCAACUAGCAUGUUAGCAGAGUUGAAGCUCAGGUUUUAGAAAGUCAGAAAAGGGUUUAAUUUCUUUGGCAUCAACGCCAUCAUUAUCUGACAGAUGGAUACAAACACCCUCUGACUUUUUCCAUUAGUAGCAGGAGUUCACAUCCAUACAUUUUCCAGCCCACCCUCUGAAGCACUGGACCAACAGCAGGGGGCGCUGGUGCUGGCCUCAUCUUUGCUCCCUGCACUCCUCCUGUUUUCUGUGCUGGCCGCUGAAGCUGGAAAUCAUUGGAGGAACUCAUCACUUGCCUUUUAUUGUGAAAGGCUGCAGGUGCACUCACUCAUGUGGAUGUUUCUGACAUGCCGGGGUUCAUGGUUGGGCUUCAUUUUUUUUAUACAUUUCUGUAAACAUUCUUGGAUUUCUGGUUUUUUUUUUUGGAGGGGAUAAUGGUUUUGGUUUAUUUCUAAAUGUUGCAGGUGGAAUGAAUUCUCUUUAGUUUCAGCUGCAUUAAUGGAAAACUGGACUCUUUUUCUCCUGGAGACCGGUAAACUUGCUUCCUUUCUCUCCGUGUUCACUGAUCUUUAUUGUUUUUAUGCUGCAGGUAUUAGUAUUUAUGACUUUAGUUUUGAAAAAUUGUGUUUAUAUAAUGUUGGGAGGCUUAAUGUAAUUUUCUGUUCCAGUAUCCUUCCUGCAUCCGCCUGGAUUUCACCGACUUUGUCUUAAUCUUUCAGUUUUUUACUUCCUGUAAUGUACAGUUGUGUAGAUGAAUCAAUAAAUGUAAAUUGAAAUGCAGUCACUUCUCCUGGCAAAGUUUAAAGCUUUGGUUUUGUCUGCAUUGAAGCCUUGGUAAAAUAAGGCAUCUGUUUCUGUUUUUACUGUAAAUCUUAAUAAAACCCCAUAUUUCCAGCAAAA